CAGGAACAAGCAUUCAAGCAAACCUUCUAGGUCACAAAAUCAAAAUCUCUCACUCCUCACAUCUAAAUCUCACUCACGCUGCGAUCUCAUCACUUAUUCCUUCGCGCAUUUGCUUCGAUCUCGUUGGAUUUCAAUCCCAGUCUCGCUCUUGUUCGAUCUCGAUCUCGCUCGAUCUCGAUUCUCGAUGGAGCCAGCAAGUUCGACUUCACCGUGCAGAAUGACGGUGAUCAAGUCACGCUCAAGACCAAGAUUGUUACUGCCAAGAUCACUGGCACACUCAUUGACGAAGACCCGCUCGCGAUCUACACCAUUGAUAAGGUUUUACUUCCCAGGGAGCUUUUCAAGGCCCUGGCUCCGUCUCCUUCGCCCGCGCCUGCACCGGAGCCAGCCGCCGCGGACGCUCCUGCAUCCCCAAAGAAAGAGGGAAAGAAGAAGAAGCAGAAGGCAGCCGACGCGCCGGCAGAUGAGGAAUCAGCGCCUGCAGAUUCGCCCAGUGAUGCCGCCGAUGACAGCGCUGAUGACGGUAACGACGCUGUUAGGUUUGACGGCGUCAGAAGUGGUACUACUAGAGAAUGUGGAGCUAAUACUUGAAGCAAUUGAUUAUCUCUAGCUUCCAUUUGCACUAAAGCAAGGUUCUGCUGGGGAUAUGGGUGCCGGAAAAUCCAUCCUCGUUUUGCCGGAAUGGUCCUGCUUGACAGUCUUCAUCUGCUUGAAAUUUGUUCUGCAGAAAUUGGUGGUAUUUCCUCUCAAAUUUCAGAAUUUGUGGCUUUUGAACAAUUAUAUGGGAACUGUUUGGAUAAGAUUGUUAGGCCUGAAAAAGGGAGUUCUGCCAAACAAGGUGAUACCAUUAAAAGUGAAACAAUUAUUAGAUUGCAGCACUUGGGAACAAGAAAAUGGCUUCACAGCCAUAUGCAUGCUUCCCCAAUUUCAAACAAUCUUGAGGUGAGUUGCUAUGGAGACGAUUCUGAAUCGGACAAAGGAGACAAUUGGAAGCUUCUAAUGGAAGGAAGUGGGAAGAAUUGGAAACAAGAUCAGAAGAUUCGGCUUCAACAUUUGAAAACUAGAGGCUAUCUACAUAGUCAUGAUAAGACAUACUCAUCAAGAAUUAUUGGGGGACACCAUGAGGUAACAAUAAUUAAGAAUGUUUUCUUCUGUGAAAAAAACUUCUUAUUAGUGCACUCAUACAUGCCUUCAUAAUUAUCCUAUGGUAUUGCUUCUACUUAACAAAGUAGUUAUUCGCUUAACACUAAAAUGAAACACUCUAAUCUUUUCGGUACUAGUGUAAUUAUAAAUUGUCGAGGGACUAAUUUGUCAACAAAUCAAUCUUAUGCUGGUUAAAUGGAAAGUUAAUUUAAAUGUGAAGCUCUUGGGACUUGUAUAUUUAGUUCAACAACAAAAUGUAAUGCUUCUUUUUUUUUUUUUUUGGGACAUGAAAAUGUUGUGCUCUUUGUUUUUGGUAUAAGGUUUGCUCUUUAUUAAGUUUAGCUUUGACUUGUGAAGAACAGGAAAUGUUAUGUUAUGAUCAUGAGAUUCAAAAGCCCAAUUUGGCCUAAUUUCUUAAUUAGUAAUUGUAGGGCUAGGUAAAAUAAUCCAAUUAGUAGUAUAAGGGUUAGUUAUAAUAUAAAUCAGUAUAUAUAGUACAUUAGUAAUGGUAUGAAUCAUGAAGUGAGUUCUGAAGAAAGGUUUGAGUUUCCUUGUUCUGUUUUUUAUAGAAUCCAAUUUUGUGUUCCUUUAAUUUCCAAUUUUGUACCCCAAUUUCGAUAGAAAGUCACAUUUUUAUUAUUGAAUUUCCACAAACACAACAUGUUAAUGGGCCAUUUCUUUGAUGUUAUAUAAGAAAAUUUACAACGUAUAUAUGUAUUUCUUAAGAAAAUCCGUCAGAUAACCAAAAAUUCAUCUAUAAUAAAGACUAAAUCUGUCUGUAUUAAUCCAUUUUCUAGUUGUGAUUUAAUUUUUUUAAUUUAAUAAUCUAACAAUAUACUUUAGUUUAUAUUUUUAAAUAUUAAUGGCUAAUUUAAUAGUCAAAAAAAUCAAUUUUAAUGACCCUUUAAUAUUUUAUCAAAAAUUUAUUUCUUCUUUUUAAAUAUUUUAUUAAUUAAUUUCUUUAAUAAUUUUGAUAAAAAUAAAUCUCUAUUAAUAAUUAAAUCUUCUUAAGAUAACAAAGUUAUAUAUUAUCGACUCUGCUAGUUAGAUAACGAAAAUUAUGAACAACGUGAACAAUGGGCUAUAUUCUUGACUCAUAGAAAGGCAAAAAAACAAAAAAAAAAAACAAAUAGUCCAUCACAAAUUACCCUUCUAAAAAUUCUACUUUCACCUUUUAUAUUUUAACCAUUCACCUUCUAACCCUUUUACCGCCGCAUAUCCCUUCCCAAACCCUCAUUGCGUUGUCGAUCCCUCCCUCCCUAGCCAGCCUCAGUGACGUCGAGCUUCUUCUCCAUCAAGAAUGUCAGUUUAGAAUAAAAAUAAUCAUCUACAUACCUAGUAAAAUAAAUAUCCAGCAAAUAUCAUUCUAUCUAUUUAAAUCCAAUCCAGAUAUUUAUUUCUCCUGCAAACAAGAUGUUUAUUUUUCAUACAAAUAGGAUGUUUGUUAUUAAUGUGAAUCACAUCCGAAAAAGGAGAAGAAGAGGAAGAAGAGAAAGAAGAGGAGCAGGAGAACCACGGCGGCAGAGGGAGGAUGACGACGAGACAGCAGCAGCGCCGCCCACGAACAGCGAGGCAGCAGCAACGCCGCCCGUGGAACGUGAGAUAGUUGCAGUGGCGCAUGGGGAACGCACACAACGGCAUCACUCGUGCGGCAGCAGCUGACAGCGGCAACCUGAAUGACGACGCUGAACGAGGCUGGUGGUCGACACAGCGACAGCGUCAAGAGCUCGGCGACGACAAUGAUAACUGUUGAUGGAGAGAUCGAUGCUGGUAAAGAAGCUGGUGGAAUGCAAAACGGCAGUACUGAAAAGGGAUGGAAGAGAAGCUGGUGCGGCAGCGAGGUGGGGGCAGCAGUGUUCUUCUACAUCUAAACGACUAUCUCCGGCGACGACGGUGGGAUAUGGUUGUGGACCUGAGAGGGAUUGGCGCGGACGUUGGAAUUAUGGUUAUGGUGGGAUUUGGAAUAACCGUAUGUAGUGUGAAUGUGUUUAAUUGCUAAUUCUAAUAUUUUAAAUUUUAAAAUUUGAUAAUAAUUAUUUAAUUAAUUAAAAAUUUAAAUUUUAAGUCAAUUUUUUUUUAGACAGUUGUUUACAUUGUUCACUAUAUAUAUACUUUUCCUUAUAUUAUAGGCCUGGAACAUGUCCAAACCUCAUUUUAGAAUAAUGAUUAUGUCAAGUUUUAUCUAUUAUAAAUAGAUGCAUAUAUUUACUCUUCGUUUUUGCUUGUUAAUAUAUUAUUGAGUGACAUCUUAUUCUUAGAGAAAGGCCUACAUACAAGUUUUAAUUAAAGAUAGCAAAAAGGUUAAAAGCCAAGAAUGUAUGUAUAUUGAUUGUUAAUUCAAUCUCAGAAGAAACAACUCAAAUAAUACAAUCUGCAU